UAUUCAUCUCUGAGACUGUCUCAUUUGUGAACGUGAGAGCAAGAACAGAGACUGAGAGAGACAGAGAAGCACGAUGGCUGCAUUCACAUGGAUUCAAAUGUCUUCAUUACUGAUACUGAUGCUUCAGUUUAAAGGAACAACUGAGCAACAUCAAACUGUUCAAACUGUCACAGCUGGACGUGGACAUGAUGUUACUCUGCCUUGUAAAAAUGUGAUACAAGGUCAGCAUAACUGUAGCAGUACUACCUGGAUCUUCAGUGAUUCAAGCAGCUCAGUAUCACUCUUUGAACUUGGGCAGAUUAAAGAAGCCAAACGUAAAUCAGACAGACUGAGUCUUUCUGCAGACUGUUCUCUGGUUAUAAAGAAGGUCACAGAUCAGGAUGUUGGUCAUUACACCUGCAGACAGUUCAAAACAGCAACAGGAUCACAAGAAGGUCCAGACUUUGUGAUUGAUCUGUCUGUUAUUAACAAGCCGGCAACAACAAAAUCAACAACAGUGGAGUUUACCACAAAAACAUCAUUAAGAAGAGAAUCCACAACAUCAACACCGUUAGAAGAGACAUCAAAUAAUCCAUCAGCAGAUUCAGGUAAAGACUCGGAAAUGACAACAUCAACAACAAUGAAGUCCAUCACAAGAAAAUCAACAACAGAACCAACAAUUAAACCAACAUUAAAAAUAACAAACAUAUGGACAACAAAAGAAGAAGUAAAGACAUCAGAAGGGACACUGACAACAAAUAUACAACCCCAGGUUCAGUCAGGGUUUAUCGUCAUUCCUGUGUGUUUAGCAGCACUCUUAAUCAUUGUUGUGGUGAUCAUCAGAUGGAAGAAAACUAAAGUAAACAAAGCACAACAGAGCGACAACAUGCAACUGAGCUUAAACCCUCCAGACACUGAGUCUGGUCCAGGAACCAAUCAGGAGACGGCUGAUGCUGAUGAUGGUGUUUCCUAUGCUUCCAUCAGUUUCACCAAGAAGGAUAAAGCCCGGGCUUGUGGUGAUGAUGAUGACACUGUGACUUAUAGCACUAUGAAAGGUUCCUCCUCACCUGCUGGACUUUCCACUGAUCCCAGUGACCUCUAUUCCACCAUCAACAAACCAAAGAAAUAGGAUGUUACUCAUGAAAUGUUUCAUGUUGUUUUUCUGGAUGCUGCAUGAAUUCUUGGAUCAUAGAGUAACUUCCUUUUUGUUCUUUUUUAUAGUAACAUAUAUGGUAUAAUACUCGGUGUAUUUGUGCUGGGGCAACAAUGGUUAUGCUACAGAAUUGCUCAUUUUAAGAUCUCCAUUGUUAAUGUAAUCUAGUGAUAGUUACCUUUAUAUCAAAUUACAUAUCCACAGAAUAUUGUUAUUAAACUUUUAUUAAUUUGCUGCGUGCCAUUUUUAACAAUGCAAAAAGGGCCAUAAAACUAGGCUUGAGAGGUGUAUCUCACUGUAUCCAUGACGAUAUUAAACUUCCUGUUUGUGACAUCCAAAAACAUGACAGCAAAAACAUUUAAUAUUCAACUUAAUUUCACUUUUCAGACCCUUUCAAAACAAAAGAAAAAAGAAUAUGAGUGUUGAUAACAUGUCUGAUUGUGCACGCCUAGUUUUAAAGAUUAGUGUGAACCAAAAUCCUGAAGUCGUGCAUACUGUUUGUGGGCUUUGAUGCUAACAGGCUAACUUUCUUAUUCUGCUGUGCAGACUUGCUUUCCAGUUUCUUGGUAAGUAGAGUUUGAACUUUUCUAGUUUGUGCUAAACUUUCUGUUAUGAAUAUAAUUCCAUGUCCAUUGCAAAUAUGAUCUGUGUUGUUGGAUUGCACAGGUUAAAGUAGCUUGAAAUCCAUCUUUUAAGCUGCUUUUAGUGAUUAUUCUAAAAAUAAAUAAUUUGUUGUUAUAAUUUAGUCUCAGUUUUAGAGUUUCAUUUUCUCCAUCAGUGUUUCCUGUAUUUUCCUCUUGUAUCAGCUCCCUAUGUUAAGUUCAUUCAUGUGUUUACAUUUCCCCAUUUAGUUUUGAUUGUCUCCUGUUUUUUUUUUUAUAUAUAUUUUCUUCUCUGGUUAUCCAGCUGUAUCCAUGUUCCAUAAUUACCCUCAUCUACAUUUAAAGUGCUAUACAAAUACAGGCCAUUUACCAUUUUACAUUUAGCAUUGUCUUUCCUUCAGACUUUGUCUUAGUGCUUGUUAUCCUCCCUGUCAGUUCCCAGUUGAUUUUAGACUCCUUUUUUAUUCUCUCAUGCGACUUUUCAU